CCCUCCUACCACAUGAUUUUGAUAUCCGGAAUAAUAACAACAACAGCAGUUCCGACUUUUGAUCCCAUUCAGGAAAGUGAGAGAAACGUUAAAUCUCAUAGAGCUGGUGAGUCCACAUGUGACUGUAGGAAGAGUGUAAUGACCGGGAACAAGUCAUGAAGUCGGCUCUGCUGCACGUGUCGCUGCCUGUCGCGCUCUGCGUCGCCUUGGCGAACACCAGCCUGUUCGACGGAGUUGAAGUGGACUUGUCUUAUGAGCAUUAUGCGGAGCGACGGGUCGAGUCUCUGCCAGUUUUCCUGGCGAUGCCCUGUAACUGUCUGGUGAACCUGGCCUAUGUCUACGUGGGACUGUCCUGGCUGCUGUGGGACAGAGGCGACAAGGAGACGGCGCAGAGCCGCUACAUGAGACAGGUGUUCGCCUUCAUGGCGCUCUUUUACGCUCCUGUGCAGUGGACUCGCUUGGCUGUGCUGCGGCGCGCUCCCGCCGUGCUUGACCAGUGGUUCACCUUACCGAUCUUCGCGUGGGUUCCUGUGUGGAUCGGCUUCAUCGACCGCGGGCCAGCAAGGUGGCGCGCGUCCCAUGCGGCAGCGUUUGAACUGUGUUCGCUCCUCAGCUAUGGUCUGGCGCUGGUGCACGAACGCGGCUUCGAGGUGGCGCUGGGCUGUCACGUUGUUAUUGCCGUUUAUAAGGGAGUUCGCCUGCAGUUGGAGCAGGGGGACGGUCACACGCGGAGAUAUCUGCUGCUCGCGAUGCUGUCGUGUGCCGGAUUCGUGGCGCUGAAGCUGCUGGAUCACUGGCUCGCUCGUUACCGGCUGUUCCAGCGGCUCACCGGGCACUUCUGGUCCAAAGUGUGCGACGUGUUGCAGUUCCACUUCUGCUUUUGGUUCCUGACCGCGCUGACGCAGAGGGCCCAGGGAGAGAGCGCCGCGCGCCAGGACUGAGAGAGCGCCGCGCGCCAGGACUGAGAGAGCGCAGGUCCGCGGAGCCGCGGGGAGUAGCCUACCUCAUCUCACAUUAAGAUUAUUUUGUGACUUUGGCCUGUAGGUGUUGUGGCAGUUCACCAACUAAACCUUCUCUGGCGCCAUUUUCUGAUAAGCCGAGACUGUAUGCUGUAAUUAAAGCCUUUAUUAAUACACUAAUGCUCCCUACAUCAGUUAUAAUGUCCCUACAUGUUGCUUACUCAUCUUACUCAUUAAUAAUCAUUUUAUGGUGUAAUAAACAGUAGUAGAACAGUC